UAUUAGAUGGACGUUGGUAUAAUAGUUCAGUAUACUCCGCAACUGAGCGUAUCGAAACAAGCUACCCCGACCAAGUUCAACUCUACGAGGAAUCCACACUACACAAAGUGUGAAUAUUGUAGACAGAUUACUCAAGCAUUAUAUAAAGCGCAUCAGGAAAAUAAUCGUCCAAUCUGACAGUUCUGACUGAAACUGUUGUCUGGAUUCAUCAAUUACUCGAUACAACCGACAUCAAAGAAAAACAUCAACCUCAUUCAGCCAGGUACAAAUUUCUGAUACACAGGAGAAUCAGUACACUCUAGGUUACUUGAGUAUAUAAAGACAUAUUAUAUGAUAUAUUUACCCAAACAUUCGAUUGCGUCAACGAUGAACUGCAUGUAUUCAUCAAGAUAUUUACGUCGUAUGGUUGAAUGUUUAUUUGUCUUGGCGACUCUCCUUUGUUUGUUCGAGUACGCUCAUUGCGCUAAUGUCGAAUAUGUAUGUCGAAUGCAAGACGGAGAUCAAUUCGCGAACCCUUUUCACGCGAACGGAGGCAAGGAUUGCGCAAACACGAAUGCUACUUGCGUCAAAUCGUGGACGCACGACUGCAGUGGAUGUAAAUGUAAUUCAGGCACAGAAACAUAUCGUGCUGAUAUUAUGAACUGCGUCUCGACGAAAGUGCUGGCUGAUUUCACAGGCUGUGGUGGCAAGGGCAUAAGGGACGAUGAUCCACAGCUCACAGAUAAAACACUUCCGACGUUAGAUUUCACGAAAAGUGGAACUAAAAAUAUUCGUGGCCUUUUACGCAUCCAUCAUGGUAUACCGGUUAAUGAUAUAACGUGUAAAAUCAAGAACAAUACAAGUUUCCUUAGCGAUGAUGGCAACUGGAUAGCACUACCUAACAUGAGUAAUAUACUGACUAUUACGCCAAACGAGGGACGUGACACCGAUCCAGCUCACCUCACAAUGGAAUGGGAAGAAGUCAACGGUUUCCUGUCUGGACUUUUAUUGAAGCUACAAAUUUCUUGCCACACGAAAACAGACCCCCCUGAAAAUGGCUGCUUUGUAUUUAAAAUUAAAGAUUGUAAAAAUUAUGAUCCAUCUUCAAAGAUUAUUUCAAGCACAAAAGCACCCACAAUUCAUACAGCAAAAGAAGUUAAUAGGGAAACUACUAAAUCAGAGAAACCCCCCACAAUGGUCUCAACGACAGUCGUCAAUAGCACGAAGGAGAGCGUAGUUAAUAAGAACUACACGUACAGUGUUUCAAUGCCUGUGAUCAUCGGUAUUUCUGCUGGUGUUGGCCUGGUCAUCUUGCUCAUCAUUAUCUUGGCUGUAUGCUUUGUUCGUCACAGAAUCAGGAAGCACGAGAAAGAAAAACCAUCCAUUGCUAACCCUGAUGCUCCAAUAAAAGUUCAUUUCACGGCAGAGACAAGAUUCAGUCUAAUUCAAGAAGCUGCGCCAGUGAAUACUGAUGAUGAAGAUUAUACUAGUUUAAAAGAAGACAGAGAAAGUUACGAGCCUUAUUAUUCACUGAAAAAAGAUGAUGUUGAUUUGAAUGUUAUUGACACAAUUCUGAGGGAUGCAGUCUCGAUGGAAUGCAUGAGUCCUUCUGCGGAGCCAAGAUACAAUUGCCAUUUAACAAAGGAUGAUGCAAUCGUGAUAGAAAGCUCAAGACCUCGUUCACCUAAGCAACCGAAUUACCACGUGCUUGAGGAACCUGGCGAUGACAUCGAUCCUGAUUACGAAGAAGUGGAUGAUGACGAUGACAUUAUGACGUCACAGCGAUUGCUCCCUACCAAGCCACCCCUCCCUGACCACGAAUAUCAUCAGUUAGAGCCACCUCUGUCGAGAUUACACUCUGAUUGUUAACGUAGUAAAUGUGUAUUCACGCCCGUUGCCUCAAAAAGUCUCGAUCACGAAGUCGCGACGACCCUAUAUCCUAGUGUAGUAUAGUAUGGUAUAGUAUCUCCCAUCCCUGGGCCGGUUGUUUGAAAGGCCAUUAGUCUAACCGCGCUUUCCUUUAUACGGUAAAAACGGCCAGACCGCGGUCCUGCUGUGUUUCAGUAUAGACGGACUACUGGUAUUACAGUGUUUUGAGAAAUCUGCACUCAUUUAUAUCAAUAUUUACAUCCGCCUACCACGAGAAAAUAGUAGGAAUUGAACUGUAUAAGAAACUACAAAGGGUACAUUGUUUCCACGUUAAUUUCAUAAUUUCUCGUAAAAAAAAAUUCCGAUGAAUUCCAAGGAAUUAAAUUUCGAUUUUCAUAUUACAUUUUGCUUACAAGUCCCAUUAUGGCCUUUACCUUGAAAUAUCUCUUUGUUCGAGUCACGGUGGCCAGGAAACAAAUAAAAUAAGAAAUUCAGCAUUUUUAGUGGUUUUGAGGGUGACAGUAUUGAUAAGAAUUUUCUACCUGGUAUGUAUAUACAUCAUAUGGUGUAUAUAUGCAGCAUAUAGCCACGGAUUUUAUCAAUACUUGGCACUUUCGGAAUUAUUUUGACUUAUAACAUACGAAUCUAUCCAAUUUUAAUCAAUUUUAUAUCAAUUAAUUUUUAUAUCAAUUUCAGUACUCAAAUGUGCAUGCGCAUGCGCAAGGACCAGCGUGCUGAGCAAGUGCUCAACAUUAUAAUAUUAGAAACCUUUAAAAUAAUCUGUCAAAUUUCGAUUUAUAAUAUGAAAUUUUGGGUUAUCCACCGUUUCGAACAACCGGUCCCUAAUCGCUAAUAAAGGUUAGCAAGAGAAUCAUAGGACCCGUCCUUUAUGGCUUUAUUACAUUCUUACCGAAAAAAAAAUCUUUGCAAAAGAAUUAAUUAACAAAUUUUAAAAAUGAGUAUAUAAAGCAUACAUAUCAUGUAAUCAUGCGAAAAUAUAUCAUUCAACUAUAUUAUAAAGUAUAUAUAUAUA